AUGCGAAUAUUCAUGCAAAGUCAUGAAAGUUUUGCGCAUUUAUUUUAUCGAUUUUUGUUCUGUGAUCUAUCUGUGACCGUUCUUCGAGAAGUGUUUUGUUGGUUAAACGAAGAACUAUGCAAAGGCCAGCAGUUUGGAAUGAUCUUCAAGCAAAAAUUAGUGGAAAGAGAACUCGUAAUGAUGCCAUGUCAGGGCGCGCGAAAGAAGAAGUCCGGAUCGACUGCUCCUCACGAGAUCAUAGUACAACGGCUAGCGUCCGAGCCAGAUACUAAGCAGACAUUUAGACCUGUGAAACCUAGGGAAUUUGUCAACUUUGAGUACGAAGAACUUUCAUUGGUAAACUUAAAGAAAGCGUGCGCAGCCCACUUCAACUUGCCAGCGAGCACGUGCGAUAUUUUGGUUUCAAACAAAGGACCUUCAUGUACAAACAUUGGACAGAUAACACAUCGCAAGGAUAAGGUAAAAUGAAAAUUUUGUAAGCCUUAACAUUUCAAAUUUAAUGGCCUAAAUUCAAUAAUUUUCAUAUGUAAAAUAGGUUUGUACCCGCAUAAGGCCAUCCCAGUUAAAAUUCCCCCCCCCCCCCCUUAACCAGGUUACUGGGUUUACCCAGUAACCCUUCGGACACGGUUUUCCGGAACGCCCCCGCCUAAGCUUCCCCCAAGAUAUUUAUCAGGUAAAAUUUUAGCACCCUUCGAAGUGCUUCAUACAUAUAAACAAUUUUCAGACUGAUUUAGUUGGUCAGUUUUCACCAAGAUCUCAGGGGGGCAUAAGAGCUACAAAUGUCAUCAUCUUCAUUCUUGUAUGGAUUUAUAGUACAUGUAUAUUAUAUAUAUAUAUGAUAUUAUUGUGGAAAGAAGUAUUAGAGUACAAUCAUCACAUUUUCUAAACAAGUUUACCUGGUAAGAUUUGUGGUGAUGCAGGAUGACCAGCCAUUGUCUGAAGACAGAGUUGAAGAUUAUUAUGAGGACAGCAAAUCAACUUCACACCCCAAUAGAAAUUGUAAAAGUGCAACUGCCACAUGCAACCCAACCAAAAGUAAGACUAUAGAAACAGCUUAUCCAGCUUCAAUAUCAAUAGAUGCUUUACUAAAAGCUGGUAAACUAGCAAAACCACAACCAAAAAAUAAAGUAACCAUUGCUUUUGAAGCAUUCGACAUUGAAUCAAGAGAGUGGACGGAAGUCAUGGACGAAGAACUUCUGGUCGACGCCAAGAAAUUUGCUUCUGGUGGCUUCAGAGAUACUUUCCAUGCAACUGGAAAGAAAAGUGCUAAAAACCACCAACCAACAGAAUGGGUUGUGAAAACCUAUAAUGCAAGGGCUAAAAGCACAAUUGAAGGGAUUGCAAGCACAUCAGUUGAAAACCACUGUUGCAAAUAG